AUAUAAAAUCAGAGGAGUAUUUGCUUAUAAAUAAAAAUUAGUACACAUUUCAACCUUAAUUAUAAGCAAAUUUUUAUUUUUUAAAUAUAAUGCAUAAACAAUGUAUCUGAUCAUCGGAUACAUUAUUUGUGCAAUAAAUUUAAAAAAUGGAAAUUUGCUUAUAGUUAAAGCCGGAUCGCAAAUUCUUGUUACUGUUUAUUGAAUUUUGUUUUUGUUCAGUGGCGGUGACUCACUUACCAUUGGUGUGUAUAUUUAUGCAGCAUUCGUUCGGUAGCACUACUCGCAUUACCAACACCAUUCGUCCUCGUCUCUUAGGCGGAGAUUUCAAACCCAAUUUUCCUUCCUUCUUAAAUCUCUCUCUCUCUCUCUCUCUCUCUGAACUUCUCCAUCCAAUUCCCAUUACCAUUCAUUCCCAGAGGUUGAGAUGGCAGCAUCAGCUACUUUUACUAUUGGAACUGCCCAAACAGGGAGGUCACUUCCUCAAUCAAACUCUUUUGGUUUGAAAAUCAAUUCUCAGGUUAAUUUUAAGACCUUCUCUGGUCUCAAGGCCAUGUCAUCUCUAAGAUGCGAGUCUCAAUCAUCUUUCUUUGGCAACGAAACUUGUGCUGCCCUGCGUGCAACUUUUGCACCCAAAGCUCAAAAGGAAAACCAAAACCUCACCCGAAAUGUGCAGCCUCAGGCAUCCUACAAAGUGGCGGUUCUCGGUGCUGCAGGAGGAAUUGGUCAGCCAUUGGCACUUCUCAUCAAGAUGUCCCCUUUGGUUUCCGACCUGCAUCUUUAUGAUAUUGCCAAUGUUAAGGGAGUUGCUGCUGAUAUCAGUCAUUGCAACACUCCUUCAAAGGUUUUGGAUUUCACAGGUGCUUCUGAGUUAGCAAAUUGUUUGAAAGGUGUGGAUGUUGUUGUUAUACCUGCUGGUGUUCCUAGGAAACCCGGCAUGACUCGUGAUGACCUUUUCAACAUCAAUGCCGGUAUAGUCAGGGACUUGGUCACUGCUGUUGCAGAUAAUUGCCCCGGUGCUUUUAUUCACGUUAUCAGUAACCCGGUGAACUCUACAGUUCCUAUUGCUGCUGAAAUUCUGAAACAAAAGGGUGUUUAUGAUCCUAAAAAGCUUUUUGGUGUUACUACACUUGAUGUUGUGAGGGCAAACACAUUUGUUGCUCAGAAAAAGAACCUGAGGCUAAUUGAUGUAGAUGUUCCUGUUGUUGGUGGCCAUGCCGGGAUUACCAUUCUUCCUCUCUUGUCAAAGACGAGACCCUCAGCGAAUUUCACUGAUGAAGAAAUUGAGGCGCUAACUGUUAGGAUUCAAAAUGCUGGAACUGAAGUUGUUGAGGCUAAGGCUGGUGCAGGGUCUGCUACUUUGUCAAUGGCUUAUGCAGCAGCUAGAUUUGUUGAAUCAUCUCUUCGUGCACUUGAUGGUGAUGCUGAUGUGUAUGAGUGCUCAUUUGUACAGUCAGAUCUGACUGACCUUCCGUUUUUUGCUUCAAGGGUGAAGAUUGGAAGGAAAGGAGUUGAGGCUUUGAUUCCAACCGAUCUCCAAGGGUUGAGUGAGUACGAGCAGAAGGCUUUGGAAGCACUUAAACCAGAACUUAAGGCUAGCAUUGAAAAGGGGAUUGCUUUUGCUCAAAAGCAAACUGUUUCUGCUUAACUUAUUUUGUGAAAGCAUAUAUUCUAUAAUCUCUAGCGUCCUUGCGAGAGAAUGUCAAUGGGUGAUUUCUUGGGUUAUGGAUUUAUUUGAGCAUGAAUAUUACUUAAGAGAACUUAGAUUGCAGGUUUAAGUAGCAUCAUUUACUGCUUCCAGAACUUAUGAUUUAAAUUUUCUAUAGUAUCAUUUCUACUUACAGAUUUGUUAGUAGAACGGGAGGGGGCUUCCAUUUCUGUUCUCUAUAUUGAGCUUUAGUUUUGAUCGGAAAUCUUAAUAGACUGUUACUAUCAUGUACUACAGUCUACUAGAAUUGGGAAAAUGUAAACGUUGCAUUUUGAAUAAUACGGCCAUUGGACCAGUUUGUGUUUUUAA